CCCGGCGUUUCCGCUCUCCCGCGCGGUGCAUGCUGGGAUUGAAGCGGCCUUUCUCUUCCGCCUCCGCCAUGGGGGUGAGGAGGGGGAUUCGGGGCGCGGCCGGACCGGGACCGGGACCGGGGCUGGAGCCCGAAACCGCCGGCUAUUUCCGACGGGCUCUGGAGACGUUGCAGGAGGGGCUGAGCCCGGAGGAACUCGCCCUUUUUGCCCCCAACGUGCUGGCGGAGGCAGCGGCGGCAGGGCCGGGGGUAGCCCUGGACCCAGGGGGGUCGCGGGUGCUGCAGGCGCUGCUGCCCCAGGCCCCCCUGAGGGUGCUGGGACAAAUCCUGCCCCCCUUGGUGUUGGGGGGACUGGGGGGGCCGGCAGGGCACCCGCUGGGUGCCCGGGUCCUGGAGGCCGCCCUGGGGCGGGUGCUGCCCGCCCUGGGGGAGGCCGUGGGGCCGGCGAAGGAGGAGGAAGAGGAGGAGGAGGAGGAUGCCGUGGGGCCGGUGGAAGAAGCCGUGGGGGGGCUGGCGGCGGCGGUGAGGGACGACCCGGUGGCUUUCGCCCGGCACCCGGCUGGCAGCUUUGUGGUGCGGGCGCUGCUGCGGGUGCUGGGGGGUGCCCCGGGGGCAGGAGUCCCUCAGCUGCCUCCCGGAGGGGCGGAGCCGAAGACUAAAGGGGUGGAGCUGGCGCUCAAGGGGGCGGAGCCAGCCUCGGAGGGGGCGGAGCUUCCCCCUUCCUUCCCGCCUCUCCUGGGGCAAUUAGCGGAGGCCUUCGAGGAGCAUCUGGCCUCCCUGCUGUCUCCAGCCGGCGCCAGUCUCUGCGUGCAGGUGGCGCUGGAGGUGCUGAACCGCAGCCAAUCGCCUGCCUGCUCCCGCCUCUGCAACGCGCUCAUUGGCCAGCUGGCCCCACCCAGCCCCGCCCCUGCCGAGAGCACCCUGGUGGGCGGGCUGCAGGACCCCGAGCGCAGUCGGCUGCUGGAGGCGGCCAUGGCGGUGGCGGGGCCCCAGCGCCUGCGGGAGCUCUUCCGGCAGCACCUGAAGGGCCGCCUACGGGGCGUGGCCGCCCACCGGGUAGCCAAUCACGGGCUGCAGCGCCUGCUGGACCACGCCCCUGCUGAUGUGGUGGGGGAGGUGCUGUCGGAGCUGGGCCCUGCCCUGGCCGAGCCCUUGGCCCGGGGCCACCCCGGGGUGCUCACCGCCCUGCUGGGCGCCUGCCGGCGCCACCCCGCCCUCCAGCAGGAGGCGCUGCGCUGCCUCUUCCAGGCUUUCAGCUGCUGGGAACCGCGGGAGCGGCGAAAGGCCUGUGUGGGGCUGCUGGCCGGGCUCCGCCCUUUUGGAGGCGGAGACAAGGCUGCAGAGGGGGCGGAGCCAGAGCCCUCGCUGGGUCCCGUCACGCUCCACGGCUCCCUCCUGCUCCAGCACCUGCUGCAUUUCGGGGACCCGGCGCCCGUCCUGGGGGGGCUGAAAGCUCUGCCCCCCACCGCGCUGCUCGCCCUGGCUUGCAGCCCCCCCGGCAGCCGGGUUUGGGACGCCCUCCUCGCCUCGCCCACCGUGCCCCCCCGCGCCCGCCGCCGUCUCCUCCGCAAACUGAAGGGUCACUUUCUCUCGCUGGCGUGUCACCGCAACGGCAGCCGCGUCCUCGACGCCGUCUGGGUCUCCGCCUCCGGCCCCGCCCGCGCCGCCAUCGCCGACGAGCUGGCGUCCCAGCACGAGGCCCUCCAGCGCGACCCCCACGGCCGGGGGGUGGCGCGGACCCUCGCCCUCGACCUUUUCCGACGACGACGACAACUGUGGGAGCGGCUACAGGCGGCCCCCGACCGCCGCAGCCUCCUGGGACCCCUCUUGGAGGACUGAUGACCCCCGCCAGGGGCGUAGAGCGGCUGCCCGGGGGAUGGAGAGGCGCCUUGCUGGAGGACCGUGGGACAUAGAGAAGAGAAGCGCAGAGAGAGAGCGUCUCCUGGGUUUCCGUGGUUCCUGAGGUCGUGGAGGACCAUAGAGAUGGCAAGCGCCGCUCUGGGGGUUCGUCCCCCCUCGUCUUGUCUGCUCUGGACCACGCAGCCAUAGAGGACUGGAGGACUGCUGGCCAGAAAGGCCCUGCGCCUGCACCACGGAGCUGCUGGAGGACUCUGUGCCAGAGAGGCCGGCUCCGGAGCCCUUUUUGUUGUGACCGCCAUAAAGUUUUCUAAGGGGAGGGGCCACAGUGACGCUCUGGUACUUGUUGCCCAACUCUUGUCUGCUCUUGCUCUCCCAACAC